AUGGCAGAUAAGAUGGACGUGGAUGCGGUCAGCGGCGCGCGAGAGGAGGAGACGGUGGGUCCAGCGCCCGAUCUGCCGCCCGAGAGAAUUAUCAUCAACAACUUCGACCUGAUCCGGCAGGCCGUCGAUGCCUUCGACUCGCGCUUCAUCCUCCGCGCGCUCCGGUCCAUCUCGACCCUGCGCAAGUCAGACAAGUUCGCGGAGGCGAUUGUGCAAGGCGUGCGCACCGCCUUCCCCAAGCCGACCAUGGGCGCGCGGAAGGUACUGGAGGACAUGCUGCCCGAGAACGUGACGGCGAUGCAGAAUGGCACUUCUUCAAGUGGUGAGGACAAGAAGAGGGAUGGCAGCACCGAGGAGCAGCAGCUGCCCGAGAUCUGGGCUUAUCUGGGCAUCCUGGUCCAGGUGUAUCUCUACGACUCGCAGCAAUUCCAAGACGGCGCCGACUUCAGCACCAACUUCGUCGAGAAGAUCCGCUCCUGGAACCGGCGCACACUCGACCAAAUCGGCGCAAAGGCAUACUUCUACUACUCUCUCUUCCACGAGUCGCUCGAUCCCAAGCCACCGUCAAAACAGUCACCUGUCAUCGAAGUCCGCCCGAAAUUGCUUGCGGCUCUGCGCUCAGCUGUAUUAAGAAAGGACAACGAUACACAGGCCGCCGCCACAGUCCUGCUACUCCGGAACUACAUCAUCACAGCAGACAUCACACAGGCAGACCUUCUUGUAGCACAGACGCAGUUCCCGUCUGCUGCUAGCAACAACCAGGUAUGCCGUUACCUCUACUACCUUGGCCGCAUCCGCGCCAUCCAGCUCGCCUACACCGAAGCGCACGAUCACCUCGAAUCCGCCACUCGCAAGUCGCCUACCGCUGGUCCCGCGGUUGGUUUCUACCAGCAGUCCAUGAAGCUCCUCAUCGUCGUCGAGCUUCUCAUGGGUGACAUUCCUGAGCGUUCGGUCUUCCGCCAACCGGCCCUUGAGACCGCCCUUUACCCAUACUUCAAGCUCGUGCAGGCCGUGCGAGUUGGCGACCUGCAAGCCUUCCUGCGAUGCGUGACCAACAACGAGGGCCAGUUCCGGAAAGACGGUACAUACACGCUCAUCCUCCGACUUCGCCAGAACGUCAUCAAGACUGGUGUUCGUAUGCUUUCGCUGUCCUACUCCCGCAUCUCCCUCCGCGACAUCUGCACACGCCUGCACAUCAGCAGCGAGGAAUCUGCAGAGUACAUCACCGCCAAAGCCAUCCGCGACGGCGUCAUCGAAGCAACGUUAGACCACCAGAAUGGCCACAUGGUUACCAACCCUCAACGCGACGCGUAUUCCACCACCGAGCCGAGCGAAGCCUUCCAUGCGCGAAUCGAGGCGCUGCUGAACUUGCGUGACGAGUGUGUAAUGGCGAUGAGAUACCCGAUGAAUAAGCACAGGCAAGAGCUGAGUGAGGCGGCAAAGGCAAGGGAACGCGAGAAAGAGCUGGCCAAGGAGAUCAUUGAGGGCGAAGGAGAUGACGCCGAUGGUGAUGAAGGAGGGUUUGAGGGGAUGUAG